AUGUCAAGAGUCUUACCGGACUCUGCUGCUAAUGCUAGUAGCAACAAGGACUCUAAGAUCGCGUGUUUGGAGUGUCGUCUGAAACACUUGCGGUGUACUGGUGAUCAACCCAAAUGCCGAAGAUGUUCCAUCAAAAAGUUGGACUGUAGCUAUGUCAAGGGAAAAAGAGGUGGCGCCAGAAUUAAAGGUGUGAAAAUGAGAGAAAUGGAGCUGUACAAACAACAACUAGCUCAACAAAGUCACCCGAUGCUGCUGCAACAUCUCUCACCUACUACAAGUGACUCUUCAGUUAUCCAAGGCUACUCCCCAAAUUCUGGACAAAGGAACUAUUCGGAACGAGAUCAUCAGGCUGACUCUAAUACAACCGGACUCGUUCCAAACACUAACUCCUCCAUGUUCCGUCACAACGAAAUGACUGCUAUGGAUCUGAGUCAGAUGUCAGAACAGAAUCCUACCCCAACCCAAAAUAAGCCUUCUUCAUCAUCUCAAGUACCACUUCAGCAUCUUCCACAACAUCUUCAACACCAUCCCCAUCAUCAACAUAUUCAGCAACACCAACAACCACUUUCACUAUCACAAUCACAACAACAUCCACAACAACAACCACAACAACAUCCACAACAACAACCACAACAACAUCCACAACAACAACCACAACAACAACCACAACAACAACCACAACAACAACCACAACAACAUCCACAACCACAACCACAACCACAACCACAACCACAACCACAACCACAACAACAUCCACAACCACAACAACAUCCACAACAGCUUCCAAUAUCCAUGUUGGUUCCACAACAUCAGCUGAUAAUUCUGCCUGUUAGCCAAACAGAAAUGGCCAAAUCCAACUCCACUGGCUCUGUUAUUUCGCCUGAUCUGCAACAUGGCCCAUCACUUGUGUCUACACAACCAACCUCGGUUUUGGUGAGCCAUAACUCUGCUUCUUCUGUGAGUCAAAGUUCUCCACUACCGCAUAGGCUGUCUGAUUAUUCAGGAACAUCAUCUACCCCUGCUUCAGUUCAAAACCUUACUCUCAAUGACAAGGAAGUUAACCAAGGUGGAGUAUAUGGUAACCAGAACUCCAAAAUUGUAAGUUACAGUCCCGCAAGUUCGGUAUCCAAUAAUUCAGUUGCUAUGGGCCAAUCGGUACCAAGCAGCUUACCACCAUUUCAGAAUUUCUUCAAUGGCCAGCCACAAGGAGGAUCAUUAAAUACUUCAGCAUACUCAAAAUUCAAUUUAGAAAACCCUCCACAAGAUUUUACUGGUGGUUACUUCCCUCAUAACCCCCCAAUUGUUUCCAGCCGUGAUAAUGAAUUAGAAUUUAUUGAUCAAGACCGUAUUCACAGUGUUUUAGAAGCCUAUUAUUCAAACAUUCACAAUGCACAUCCUUUUUUGCCAGCUCGUGAAGACAUUCGAAAGUACUUCACUUCGAUGGCUAGAACCAAUGAUAUUGUACUGAGCAUGCAACUUCUUGCCGAUGGCCAAGUCAAUGAAGGUAAAGCUUAUACUGAAGAACAGGCGAAGAAUAUUGACCAAAAAGUAAAGGAACUCCUUAAUUAUAUUGAAUCUUAUGAGUUAGAUUUAGUUUCUCUUCAAAGUUUGUUCUUAUUAUCAUUGGUGACACAUUUGUGUGCUUUACAUGAAACUAGUGGUUUACUACGCAGAAAGGCUUUGAAGUUGAUUACCCAAUUAGAUAUAAAUUUGAUGGACGCUAAGGAAUUUUCUCAGCUGUUCAAUGAUAUUCUGGAUAAUCACAUUGACAGGAAUGACCAGGCCGACAGAUCCAGGAAACUCUUAGAUAGCCCUCGGUUCAUCGAUGUCGAUUCUGAACUUUUAAAAGAAUGUGCUCGUAAAGUUUUUUGGGAGCUUUACAGUUUUGAUAUCUUGAUGGGUCUUGCAGAUGGUGUUACUAUAUCUGAAUUGACGAAUUUACCAACCAUGGUAAAAUACCCAGUAUCACCCUCAAGAGAGGUCUUUGAUUAUCAAAGUCGAGCAGAAUGCACAGCAUUGAUGAACAAAGCUAUAAGACUUAAUGGACAAAUUCUUAAACAGCACAACAAUGAGAUGGACUCGAUAAAAUUGAAAGCGUCUCUUGGUAAUUGGGAGUUAAAGUUAAAGAACCCAACUGAGUAUGGUCUUCCAUCAUUAAUGAAUCGUCAUGGAGUGGUGAAUGAAGGUGUUUAUCAAGCCAAUGCCAUGUAUUUGUAUGCGAAGAUAUUCUUCCACAGACCAUUAUCAUUCAUUUACAAACCAGAAUCUAUACCCCAACAACCAAACUGUGGACGAGUUGUUAGUCAUUUAAUUAAAUGUGGUAAGGAGCAUGAUUUGGAUAAUGAAUCGGAGAAAAUAUUUAAGGUUUCUGGUAAGAAUGUUUUUUCAACGAAAUUGAUUGAAACCAGAAAGUUAAUUACAGCUGCAAAUGAUAUGAUUAGUUUAUUGAUUGACUCACAACCUGGUGAGAUUCGUAAGCGAUCACCAUUGGCCAUAUGUAACCUUGCAUAUGCUGGAAUGGUUCAUUUUUCAGUUUAUGUGUGGAUUGAAGCCCUGAUUAAACGAUUGAGUGAAGUCAAUGAAACAAAUAUAUUCUCUCAAAAUGAAUUAUUUAUUACUAGAGAAUAUUUGCAAAUGGAAAUCAGUCUGUUACAUCAAAUGGGGAAACAUUGGUACUUGGCAGCAAAAAUAUUUUGCUAUCUUAGUGAAGUUGUUAAACAAUUUCUGCCUACAUUAUUUGAAGACUUGAAGGAGAAGUUACCAGUACAGAAGCAAGCUAAAGAUAACCAAGAAGCUCUUGAAGAUGGCACAAUGGCACCACCUAUAAUUUGCUCUAAAUCUCCAUCGAGCUAUUCUACUAAUAGUUUGGACCAAUUCCCUUCGGCAUUAAGUAUGCGCAGUCUGAGUACGGGUACUGAUUUAACUAGUGGCGAAGAGAUGAUGAAACGUGAUGUAUUAAAUGAAAAUGAUUUUACCACACUUAACAUACCUUCAACCGAUAAGAAUAUUCAUGAUGCAUUGGAUUCGUUUGCAGGGUUUGAUUUUGAUUUCAAUUUACCAGUUUAA